CGCCCCCUUCACACACUGCACCACCUGGUGGCAGAUUUGAAUUUGAUCCUUGCAGGAUUCCGUACCAUUUUUUUUAGAAUAGUUAUGUAGAGGUUCCAAGGCAAAUGGUAACAUUGUAACUAACCGCUGGGACUGAAGCCAGGGUUUCUACUCCGCACCGAUACAAUCUGUCCUCCUCUCGCUGGACAGUUCUUUAUGGUCCCUCUCCUCAGCCUCAGCAUGUAGAGGAUUAUUACAAGAUUUUCUUUUUUUAUACGCAAUGUGUAAGAUUUUAUUUUCAUGCUUUUGUCCAUAUUGUCCCCUCCCCCUCUCAUUUCUAAAUGUCUUGUGUCUUUGAGUGCCUUUUCUAGCGGCGGAUGAUAGCAUUGGGUGUAUAUUUUUUUUGCACGCUGCAAUUUCAAUCCAGCUCAUUUUGAUCAACGAAGAGGUGAAGACAAACAAAGACAGAAGAUUUAUUCCUUGUAGGAGAUGUAUCGGUGCUACAUUUUGCAGUGGGAAAACAGGUAGUACUUGGAAUGGACAGAAUCUCUGGAAGAUAAGCUAAUGUGUUUCUCCAUUGACUUGCUGUGUACAGAAAAUGUCCAGACUGAUGUUAGGGAAGACUUUGGAAAGAAUAUGCAAAGCAGUACUCUUGUUGUGUCUAGUGCACUUUCUUAUAAUGACCAUCUUCUACUUGGACGUCUACACCCAAAGGUUUGACAUCUUCAGCCGCUUUAAUACUAGAAAUUACUCCAAGGUGCAUCAGUACUUUAACAUCUCAAAGUCCAAUGGGACCUCACUGACUUUCCUGGGGAGUGAAGAUCACUUUAUAUCGAGCAGGAAGUUGGAACAUAACCUUACAGUCACGAAGAAGCCUUUACCGAUGUGCCCUGAUGUCCCACCGGGUUUAGUUGGAAGAUUGCUGAUAGAAUUCAACUCACUGAUGACAAUGGAGAAAGUUCAGCAAGAGAACCCAGAUGUACAAAUGGGUGGCAAAUACAAGCCUUCAGACUGCAUCGCUAAGCAAAGAGUUGCCAUCAUAAUUCCAUUCAGGCACAGAGAACACCAUUUGAAGUUCUGGCUGCAUUACUUACACCCCAUCCUACGUAGGCAGAAGAUCAACUAUGGAAUUUAUAUUAUAAACCAGCAUGGUGAAGGCAUGUUUAACCGAGCAAAGUUGCUGAAUAUUGGCUACGUGGAAGUGCUGAAGGAUGAAGAAUAUGACUGUUUUGUAUUCAGCGAUGUUGACUUAAUUCCUAUGGAUGAUAGAAACCUCUACCACUGCUAUGACCAGCCUCGACAUUUUGCCAUUGCAAUGGACAAAUUUGGAUUCAGAAUAACACUGAAAGGUAUGAAAGUGUCCCGACCAGACUCCAAGAUUGGAAAAUACCGAAUGAUAAAGCAUGAACGAGAUAAGCACAACGAGCCCAACCCCCAGAGGUUUACAAAAAUCCAGAACACUAAAGUUACAAUGAAGCAGGAUGGGAUCAACUCCUUGAAAUACAAACUGGUGAAUGUAGCGAAGUACCCGAUGUACACAAACAUCACAGUGGACAUUGGCACUCCACCACCUCGGCCUUCAAGAGCAUAGCGGGUCACAGUGUUCUUAAGGUGGUUCUCCUGUUUCAAUAGCCUCACAAAGAACAAUCUUUCUGUCUGUCUUCUCUCCAUUUUUCACUUUCUGUCUCUCCAAAGAAUUAUGGCGACUUAAAUACAAAAAUAAAACUAACAAAGCAUGUGGAGGCGAGCAGAAUGGAGAAGGUCCUCUUGCUUUAUGAAGUGGCUAAAAUACUGCCUUCUACAAUUAAGACAUGUAAACAAGUAAGACCUGGAUACACUGAUCUGGGAGUAUUUGUUGUUCUUAAGCUCUUUUUGUGUGAAAUCAAGUUGGAAAUGCAACUCUGUAUAAUAUCUUUAGUACUCUUUAACAAAAUUCUUGGUCUGUUUUAAGAUGGCUUCCUCUAAUGAAACAAAAACUUAGUCUGUUUGGAUCUGGUUCUCUGAAGGAUCAUUGCAACUGAACCUUAUGCCAGAUUAUUUUUGUUUUUCGUAAGACCUUAUCUACAAGAAGAUGUGCCUGCGAGGUCAUUAUGGGUCACAAUGGUUUUAACUCUUUGACCGCUGAAUAUUCUUUGCAGCUUUAAGAAUUACUGUAUGCUCAUGUUUUCUACCAUAUAACAUAAGUUUCUUGUAAAUUUCUAAUAUUGAAUGUUACAAAGUUAUUAAAAAAAAAGCAAUUAAAGGAAAACAAAAGAAUAA